AUGGCUUUUAAAGGCCUCCAUUCCUAUGUCCUAAGCCUCUGAGUUAUUUCAUUGAAGCGCACUCAAGUUCUCCAUUGAAGCGCACUCAACGUUCUCCAUCGAAGCGUUCUCCGUUGAAUCUAAUUCUUGUAUUCCCCAUUGAAGCAGCUUCUAAGGAUGUCGACCUUGAGAAACUUAAAGAUAAAGACUAGCACUUGUAAGCGCCUUGUUAAAGAGCUAAACUCAUAUGAGAUAGAGGUCAAAAGAGAAGCUGCUAAAACAGCUGAGAUGAAGGAGAGAAGUGCUGAUCCUUAUGACCUUAAGCAACAGGAGAAUGUGUUGGCUGAAUCUAGGAUGAUGAUUCCUGACUGUCGCAAGCGCCUGGAGUCUGCACUGGCUGACUUGAAAGGAACACUGGCGGAGCUGGAAGAGUCUGGCGAGAAAGAAGGACCAGAUAUUGAUGAUGCUCGAAGUACCAUUGCGGAUGUUGAGAAAGUGUUCGAAAGUGGAGAUGCAUAGUAAAAAAUUUGAAUCACAAAUUAAAAUUCUAUGUAAUGUAAGAAGUUGUGCAGUCAGGAAAGAAGUCUGUUGAGGUUUUGUGGUGAAAUUGUAGAACUUACUGAAGCCGCCAGUUCUCAGGUGUGGAUGGCGCAGUUUAUAUAUUUUCAUUUAUUUUUAGCCAACGACAUGAACUUCCUUGCUUUUCUGGCCUUUUGAAAUUGACUGAUCUUCUUAUUGACUUAGAAAAUCAAACUCAAUCAGUGGUUCUUAAUACUUUGUGCUACGUAUUGAGUGAAUAAUUGAAAGUAAUUACCUUAGCUUGAUGUUGCAUAUCAAGAAAUUGUGUAAAACUUUUGAUCUUAAUGUUCCAUUCUGAUUUUUACUGAAGAUAACAGAGCUAUAUUUCAUU